AUGGAACAUUUAUGGGAAAAAAACAGGAACAUAAUAACAAAAAAUGCGGGGAAGAAGCUUAAACUGAAAAACAAGAUGGAGCAAUGUAACCUGACGGUCUACAAAAUCGGUGAUUUUGUUCUUGGGCGGCGUGUUGGGUUUGGGUCGACGGCGGUAGUGUUUUUGGCGUUUGAUUUAAAGACGGGGAGGAAGUACGCGAUCAAGAUAGUCGAUAAGCAACUUUUUUCAAAUGUGAAAUUUAAAGCGCGGAUCAACCGCGAGGUUCUCCUUAUGCGAACCGUUAAGUCAAAUUAUAUCAUUCAACUUCAUAAUGUGUAUGAAAACUCUUCACAUAUAUUUUUAAUACUCGACUAUGUCCCAGGGGGAGAGCUUUAUGAAUUGAUCCGUGAUAAAGGAGCUCUUGGUACAGAAAUGUCGACCCGCAUCUUUUGCCAAGUGCUGAGGUGUAUAGCUUAUUUACACUCAAAAGGAAUUUGCCACAGAGACAUCAAACCUGAAAAUGUGUUGCUCGACUCGACACACACGCAAAUCAAAAUGAUUGACUUUGGAUAUUCGUAUUACGCGGACUGUCCAUUAAUUCAAGAAUAUAACGGGACGCCCGAAUAUACCGCGCCUGAAGUAUUAAAUAGAAUACCAUAUAACCCAUAUUAUGCAGACAUCUACUCGUGUGGAAUACUUUUACAUGUCAUGUUAUAUGGGUACAUGCCUGUUGUACAUGAAUUCUCUGAUAACGGCGGGUCUGGUGAUUUGCUAUACAAAAUGUUGCAAGAAGACCCGACCAAACGGAUUUCCCUCAAAGAGAUCUUCGAGCACCCAUUUCUGAAAAAACACUUUGACAACUUUGUGGAAACACCAAUUCCUCAUAGGUCAUACCAACCCAUCGAAUACCCACGAAAAGAUAUUAUUAAUAAUAUUGUUCAAGUCUUUCCAUAUCUAACAGUCGACAAAGUACUUAUGGAAUUGACUUCACCGAAUCAAAACACUAUUAAAGAAAUGUACACCGCAGCGUCACAAUCUUCUCUUCAACAAAACUGCGAAACAGAAAAGUCUGAAACAUUAGAAACGACAACUUGCAACAAACUUAAUCGCUCGGAACUGUCAACAUUCUUUGCAGUCCCAACAGCUAACAGCGCAAUACCACAAAACAGUGAAAACGACUUUGAGACGAAGAAAGUCGUUUGUGAGGAAUGCACGAACGUCGAGAAAGCACGACAAACUAUUAAAGAGAUCUGCGACGAUUUGGGAGUCAAAGAGAACACCUUUUCGACUGUCAACGGUCGCAACCAAAUGGUCUUUGACACGAUCUUUUACACGGAAAAUGGCGUCAACAAAAUCGCGAUUGAAAGUAAGUCUGCGGGGUCGAUGCUCGACGACAUCGCUUGCCUCUUCAAAACCCUUUUGGGAUGA